CCCAAAAAAUCCCACCUUUCUCAUCACCAAACUCUCACAUCCCCUUUCCUCUUUUCUCCACAACAUCCUAAUGGCUUCAUCCUUCUCCUCCAUUGCUACACUAUUAUUACCCCUUCUCAUCCUCACAACACACCUUCCACUCUCAACACAAGCUGACCUCCUUCCGGCGAUCGCCGGCGACGGCCAAAGCCAUGUCACCUACAUUGUACACGUUGAGAGGCCGGAAAACACCAGUCUUUUAUUCGAUGACGAGUGGCUGACGAGCUAUCACCUCUCCUUCCUACCUAACACCACUCUGGACUCCGGCGAGGCGAGGCUUAUAUAUUCCUACCGCGAGGCGAUAAGCGGCUUCGCGGCGAGGUUGACGUCGGAAGAAGCUGAAAACAUGCUAUCUGCUGAGGGAUUCUUACUUGCUUAUACUGAUCGCCGGCGAAGUCUGCUCACCACACAUACGCCGGAGUUCCUCGGCCUGAGCAGGGGCGGUGGAUUCUG